GUAUACCAUGCUAACUACAUGAGAUGCACACAUUUUGUACACGUGUUUAUCCACAAAUCAGAUCUACGGAUUCAACAGUGUAUGUGUGUUCUCCUGAAAGUGAUAAAAUUGGAGUUUAUUUAUAGUGCGUCCCUAAAACCCCAUUGUAAAUGGGCUGAAUGCGAUAUGCAGUACAUUUAAACACGACAAUGUAUUGUAGAGCGAUGUUUUGUACGCACUAUUUCAUUACGUUGUUUUGUGACUACCACACAGAACUGCCUCACUGUAUGACUCUCACCUGCGCCAAUGAUAAAAAAAAAAAAAAAAAAAUUUCAGUGUCUACUCGAGAACAUGAAUUAAAGGAAAGCGCAUGGCCUAAACCGUGAGAUAGUGAACGCACUGACAAAGGCGGGUCGACAAUUACUUGUUUACCGUGAAUAGUGAAUCCGUAACGCGGACAAGUGAAAACAUGGCGUCGUUUUGUUGUCGCGGCGCUCAGUUCGCUUGUAACGACUUUAUAUCCACCUGCAGAGUGGGGCUUCACAUUUCAAACAUCAUCGGGGGAGUUGCCUGGGCACCACGCUGUUGGGUGUGUGUCGUGUCACGCGUUACAUUCGUCUGCUGUGGGUAGAAAUAUGUCGCCGAAUGUGAAACCACUGACACUGUAAUCUACUCUGAUGUCGUCGUUUUCAGUUACCAACAUAUUUAGCUCUUUUGGAUUCCUUGUCACGGGUGGCUGACCCCGGUAUCCAACAAGCUGUGACUGACUCCGUGCUUUGAUCGUCUGUAACGGGUUCUGUUUGUCACACACAGUUACAAGAGAAAGACACAGGACGUCAGUGCUGGACGUUGUUACGAACAUGCAGGGCUGUCCACAGUCUGUUAAAGUGGACGUGGAAGUGUCUUCUUUCGGGAAGGGUUAUUCGUCCCCCACGAACCCGGGGGAGAGGGUAUCGUGCGUGUGGAGCGAGCACGUGAUGUCGCUGUCGGAGAUCCUUGGAGAGAAGCGCCUUCCCGUCAUCGUGGAGAUGUCGCACGAUGACGUCGUGCCGUCGUGCUCCGUGACGGGCUUCAGCCUCCAGCAGCCCAUGCUGUUGUUCAGAGAGGUCCUCAUCCCCAAGGUGUUCGCCAGGAACGUCGUGUGCGAGCAGCGGAAGGGACAGCCCGCCAGUUUCAAGGACGUCGGACCCUACGUCGUCGUCCCCGUCGACUACCCAGGCCUUUUCCGCCUCGUCGAAGACUCAGAACCUAACGACUGCAGUGUCACCAGCGUGGCGAACAUCGCCAGAAUAAUGCCGGCCUCCUUCCUCUCAAUGACCAGUGUGAAGGGCUACGUGUUCCUCAAGCGGCGGAACCACACGAUUGUCUACGAAAAGAAAGACAUCAUUCCGUGUUUCUUUCAGGUGCACAACAUCCACGAAGACUACGUUACCUACGUCAACAGCCGAAAGAAAGAAAAGCGGAAGUUGAUGUUGUGUCUGCGGUGCGCCGUGGACGGAGGAGAAAAAGAAGUACUACUUCCGUACGAGACAUUGGGCACCUUUUAUGUCGUGGAUCGGCGGAAAGGAAUUUCCAAAUUCAACAUCGACGAAGAUUCUUGUCUGCACAGAAUCACAGAAUUCGUGCCUUUGUUGGAGAAGAAUGACGUCACAAGAGUGAAGCUAGUCACGGGGGACCCGCCCUCGCAGGAGUGCCACUUCACGGGAUUGCUCAGACUGUGUCACGUGGUUCAGGAACACACAGUGAUUGCGUGCACUGUUAGUUCCAAGGCACCAACCAUCUUCGAACUGUCCGUCCGACCACACCCUCAGUUCCGCGUGGCCUUCAACACGGCUGAUGGUCAGAGCGAGCGCGUGCUCAACGACUGUCUGGUGUUCAUGAAACACUCGUUUCUCAAUUUCACGCGAGAGAUGAAAGUGAGGCGGGAUUACGAAAUAGAGAAGAAGGAUUUGAGAGAAAACAGUUACUGACGAAAAGUGACGGACAACUGUAGGUUCCGACUCGUUUCUCAUACAGCUUUUCUUAGGGCGAAUUAAGAUUUAUUUCAGACAGUUCAGCAUCGUCUUUUAUCUUAAUUAAGGUUCUCGAUAAAUCCAGGGUUAUUUUUAUCUGAAUUGGAAUUCUUUUAUGAAAAUUGUGGUUUUUAUCUGACUUCAAAUUGUCUUUGGUUAAUUAGAAUAUUUUUUAAUGAAUUUAAAUUCGUCUCAGUACAUUCAAGACUGUAAUUAAUUCGAAUUAUGUUUCUAAAAAAGUCAGAUGUUUAUCUGAAUUUAAGAUUUACUUCAGUAAAUUCAUGUUUUUAUUCAAAUGUAAGAUUCACUUCAGUCAAUUCAUGUUUUUAUUCAAAUGUAAGAUUCACUUCAGUCAAUUCAUGUUUUUAUUCAAAUGUAAGAUUCACCUCAGUCAAUUCAUGUUUUUAUUCAAAUAUAAGAUUCGCCCCAGUAAAUUCAUGUUUUUAUUCAAAUGUAAGAUUGACCUCCGUAAAUUCAUCUUUUUAUUCAAAUGUAAGAUUCACACCAGUAAAUUCAUGUUUUUAUUCAAAUGUAAGAUUCAUCUCAGUAAAUUAAUGUUUUUAUUCAAAUGUAAGAUUCCCACGAAGAAAUUCGUGUUUUUAUUCAAAUGUAAGAUUCAUCUCAGUAAAUUCAUGUUUUUAUUCAAAUGUAAGAUUCACCUCAGUAAAUUCAUGUUUUUAUUCAAAUGUAAGAUUCACCUCAGUAAAUUCAUGUUUUUAUUCAAAUGUAAGAUUCACCUCAGUAAAUUCAUCUUUUUAUUCAAAUGUAAGAUUCACACCAGUAAAUUCAUGUUUUUAUUCAAAUGUAAGAUUCACCUCAGUAAAUUCAUGUUUUUAUUCAAAUGUAAGAUUCACACCAGUAAAUUCAUGUUUUUAUUCAAAUGUAAGAUUCAC